CCACCCGGCAGCUGCAGCUCUUGCACUUCUGGCUCUUCCUGGGCAUCUACCUGGCUGCCCUCCUGGGCAACGGCCUAGUCAUCACCACCAUCGCCUGGCACCACCACCUCCACACCCCCAUGUACUUCUUCCUCCUCAACCUCUCUGUUCUCGACCUGGGCUCCAUCUCCACCACUGUCCCCAAAGCCAUGGCCAAUGCCCUCACAGGCAACAGGAGCAUCUCCUACCUAGGAUGUGCUACCCAGAUCUUUUUCUUCGUCUUCUUGGUAUCAGCAGAGUAUUUUCUUCUCACUGUCAAGGCCUAUGACCGCUACGUGGCCAUCUGCCAACCCCUGCACUACGGGACCCUCCUGGGCACCAGAGCUUGUGCCCACAUGGCAGCAGCUGCCUGGGCCAGUGGGUUUCUCUAUGCUCUUCUACACACGGUCAAUACAUUUUCAGUGCCCCUCUGCCAGGGCAAUGCUGUGGGACGGUUCUUCUGUGAAGUCCCACACAUCCUCAAGCUCUCCUGCUCACACUCAGACUACCUCAGGGAAGUUGGGCUUAUUGUAUUUAGCGUCUCUUUAUUUUUCCUAUGUUCUGUUUUCAUGUUUAUGUCGUAUGUUGUGAUCUUCAGGGCUGUGCUGAGGAUCCCCUUGGAGCAGGGACGGCACAAACCCUUCUCCACAUGCCUCCCUCAUCUGCUAGUGGUCUCCCUGGUUAUCAGCACUGGUAUCUUUGCCAAUCUGAAGCCCCCCUCCAUGUCCUGCCCAUCCCUGGACCUGGUGGUGUCAGUUCUGUAUUCAGUGGUUCCUCCAGCAGUGAAUCCCUUCAUCUAUAGCCUGAGGAACCAGGAGCUCAAGGAUGCUCUCAGGAAACUGAUCAAUUUAUUUUACUCUGAAGCAAGAAAAUGUCUAUUUCCUUCUGCACAAAAUUCAUAG